AGACCCACUGUGUUAACAAUUUAUGCUCAAUUGAAGGGGAGUAUUGGAAUGACUUCAAGAGUAAAAACUUAGCGAAAAGAGUUCCUCCUAAGGAAGCAAUCAUUAUGGACGAGUAUGGUCAACACCUUUAUGGAGUUAUUGGGCCUUAUAAUGAAGGUUUUCCUCUUGCUCUUGCGUGCGAAGGCGAAGGAGGUGACCCUUCCCCGGCUGUUAAGUGGUGGCGAGAAGCCGAACUGCUGGAUGAUUCAUACUACAUCACUCCUCAAGGAUUCGCUCGCAAUGAACUACUUCUGGCCAGUCUAAAGCGAACGGAUCUCAUGACGAGACUCAUGUGCCAAGUAUCCAAUUCCAAUCUCACAGCCCCAGUUACAAGUUCGGUCAUUAUUGAUAUGAAUCUCAGACCAACAGAAGUGCAGAUAACUAGCAUGUUCCGACCGCUGUCAGCCAAUCGACCAGCGGAAAUAGUGUGCGUGGCACGAGGGGCUCGCCCACCGGCUCAGAUUUCAUGGUGGCUCGAUAAUGACCAGCUGACAUCCCAAAUCACGGAAAGUACCUCAAAAGAAGAUAAUUUGACUGUAAGCAGCUUAAUUUUUAAUCCCAGCAAACAUGACAAUCAAAGAAACUUAUCCUGUCGAGGAGAUAACCCUCAGCUGCCAGAUAGCGUGCUGGAGGAUUCUUGGGUCAUGGAUAUUCACUUUCCUCCUCAACUCUCGGUAAAGGUGGACAAGCAGAUUCCUUUGUUAGAAGGCACUCAUGUCACCAUGACUUGUGUUGUCGAUGCAAAUCCUCCUAUAGUGGAAUUAGAGUGGCUAAAGGAUGGACAGUCACUGGGUGCUCCUGCAAGGCGUGACACUCGAAACAGAACUUUCAGCAUCACAUCUGCUGGACCAGAACAUCGAGGUCAUUACCAGUGUGCUGGAAUCAAUAGCGAAGGACGAGACAUUAGCAAAGCAGAGCAUCUUAAAAUCCAUU